AUGUUGGCUUUCUCCUCUUCAGUUGCGGAUAUUGAUUCCGGUUCACUCUUGAUGGCUGUGCUGCGAUCCUCCUCACCGCUCGCAUCCAAGUCAAUAGGCAAGGCAGUGGCAGACCGGCUGAUCUCUGCCUCGGCAAGCCCCUCUCCGCUCCCUCCCCUCCUCCGCCACCAUCGCCUCCACAUCUCCGCCGGCCCUGUCGCCCCCUGCCGAUCCGCCUCCCUCACCUUCACUCACCUCCUCCACUCCCGCUACAGGUCCAAAUCGGAUCUGGCGUCCUACACCGAUGACCCCGCUCACGUCAGCGUCGUCAAUAAUUACGACAAGCCAGUCGUUGACGACGUCAUGGCCGUCAAUUGGGUGGCCGAAGGCUUCUCCGGUCCGGUGGCGGUCCCUCCGGGGUCGUCGCUGCGGCUGACGGUGAUGAAGCUGAAGGAGGAGGAGGAGGCAGGGAAGGGUGAGAUUUUGGGGAUUGCGAGGGGGAUGAAGGAGAAAUUCGAUUCGAUUGAGCAGCUUACGGUUGGGGAGAAUUUCUCGCCGGGGAGGAGCAAGGGUUUCUCGAUUGCGUCGAUUGGGGUGGUGAAGGACCUUGAAUCGAAUGCUAAAAUUUUGGAUCAUGUUUAGAGGCUAGGUUCACUGUUUAUCUGUAUCAGCAGCUCUCAAAUCAGAUCCAUUUAGCUAAUUUCUGAAAUUAGAUUGUGUUUUUAUGAUUUUCUAGUUGCAAUCGGUAGUUGAUGAGCAUAUGAUUUAUCAUUUAGUGAUUGGAAAAAUGUUGAAUUUUUGGAUCAAAUCAAAUUUGCUGAUAUUUGAAAUUGAGUUGUGUUUUUAUGAUUUA